UGUGGAGGAACACGAUAAGUUGUAUGUGUAACAUAUUAUCUUUAGUUUAGAGAUCGAAUAAGUUAACAUUAAGGAAAUGUUACAAGAAAGAGGGACACGUUCAUGAUAUCCAAAAGGAUCCAAAGGAAAUGUUGUAAUUACGAAUUUAGCAAAGUUAAGCUGAUGAAAUGAAAUAGCUAUGGAGAAGAUUCAUAAAGAUGCAUUGCGAAAGACAAGGAUCCGACUUGUCCAAGAUCUUCAUCCAGAUGCAGAAGUGUGGGACAUGUUGGUCACAGAGAGUAUUUUUACCCCGAUAAUGAUGGAAUAUAUACAGGCUGAAAGAACAAGGGCAGAUAAGGUUCGACGACUUUUAGAUGAUUUGGUAAGAAGAGGGCCGAAAGCUUAUCAGAAAUUUCUGAAAUGUUUGCGGAAGUCUGAACACGAGGAUUUGGCUAACGCAGUAGAGGACAAUGAAUACAUAUUAAGGGGAUUACCGGUUCCUUUCAGGGCAGGAACAGAAAAUCUUAACAGGAAUGUACAGGGAAACCCAGAUGUGGAACCAAAUGUGCCGUCAAGCGUUUCAAGUCAGAAUAACAUUAAAAUAGAGCAAAUACCUUCACAGCAGGAAUCAGAAGAGGAAAGCAUGGUUUUUCAGGAAAGCAAUGUCACACAUUGUCAACCAUCAGAAGAAGGAGAGGCUGGGCAAGCAAGUCUGGCUUGUAGUCUGGUAACACCUUCAGGAUUUGAAACACGAUCAGCAGCCAAUCAGAAUCCCUCUCCACAAUCAGGGACCAGUCACAUAAUACCAGGGAAUUCAACUUCACAACCGGGAAGUCACGUAGCAACAGGUGUCUCACCUUCACAACCAGAGACUUCCACCUCACAAUCAGGGAGCCUAUUAUUGACAAGUAACUCAACAGCACAAUCUAGUAGUCCCACAGCAACAGGGAACAAGGCUGGUCAGGAAGAUGAAGAUGACGAUAUCAUCAUGACAGUAGCAGAUGUCCAAACUCCAGAAAUCAGGGAAGUUCCAACAGCCUACCAGAGAGCAUUUGCUGAAAGACCAACGUAUCGAAUGGAGUCAAAUCCAAGGGGCUUUUGUCUUAUCAUCAACAACAGGGACUAUACAAUGGAUUCUUUGAUGGAUCCGAGAACUGGAACCGAUGUUAACAGAAACCAACUAAGUAAUCUAUUCAAAGAAUUGGGGUUCCACGUUGAUACCAGAGAUAACUUGACAGGAGAGGAUAUGAGAAACACUCUGAGGGAUUUUGCUAUAUAUCCUGAUUUAUCCAGAGUAGACUCCCUUAUUGUCGCUUUCCUUUGUCAUGGAAACAGUGAAAAGUUGUUUGGUGUAGAUGGAGUCCCAAUUUAUAUACAACAGGAUGUAUUCAAGGUGUUCAGCCCUCGGGAAUGUCCACUUAUGAAAGAAAAGCCAAAACUGAUUUUGAUGAAUUCUUGCAGGGGAGAUAAGAGGGAUGUUGGAUGUUCAUUGGAUGGAAUUGAUGAAAAAACUUCAACUACUGAUGCUGCGAAAACUGACAUUAGAGCACACUAUCCAGACCCUAGAAAUGAUACAUCACUGACUGCAAGCUUUCAGGAUUUAUACAUCGCCUAUUCCACUUUCAGUGGUCAUGUGUCAUACAGGAACAGCGAAGAAGGAAGUUGGUACAUCCAGAAACUUGUGGAGGUUUUCCGUGAACAGGCAGCAUUCUGUGACAUCAACGCUAUGAUGACACAGGUAAAUCGACGUGUCGCCAAUAUGUAUGACCCUUCUUCCAUGGAGGUACAAGUUCCUGCACCAUGUCAAACAUUGACUAAGGACUGGUUCUUUAACCCACCAACAAGUGUUUAAAUUGUACUUGGAAAGAACUUUUCAUCGUUAAAUUUUCUUCAAAAAAUUUUCAGACCUAUUGAUGCUGAUUUAAAUAGAUACCUGUGUGUAUGAACUUUUUUUCCUAACACUAUACAGGAAAGCUAGUGUUGAUCAGUGCUUGAUUUACCUGCUUUCCAAUUUUUGCAAGAUGUCUAGUAUCUGUAUAUCUGACAACGUGUGACAUCAUAAUUGAUCUGAUGUCAUGUUCUAUUGUCUCUCUGAUGUGUAUCUGCAAAGGGAGGUGAUUUUAUAAAAGAAACGGGAAAUGAAAUUAGCAGAGAAAAUCUAAUCUUGGCAAAAUCAUUUACAAGAAAUAUGAUCUAUUACCCAUGUAUGUUUGACGCUGAGAUUUAUUUCAAUUUUGGGCUGAUGUUCUGUAACAUCUCAUAAUUAUUCUUAGCUUCGCCUGCAAGGAUAUUCUGUAACCCUCAAAAUCGCUUUUGUGGGGGCUUUUCUGGGCCUAUAACUUCGAAACCAUUUGACUCAACUUCACAAAAUUUGCUGUACAUAUCAAGUUGGUGCCCUGGUAGUGCCUUUUGCUAUUGACAACAUUUCAUUUUUUUUUUUUUUUUUUUGUGAUAAUUUUUCUGCUUCAACUUUGAAAGCAUUCCUCUCAAUUCUACAAAAUUUUCUGUAUAUAUUAGCCAAAAGCACAUGACUGUGCAUGUUGUUGUGUAUCCACAAAGUGUCUGUAGGAUCAGCUUUGCUUUCAAUGUGACAUAUGUGGACAGGAAAUUCAAGUUCAAAGAUUCUUCAAAACAUAUUGUUUAAACAUUAUGUAAUAAUAAAUGUGUACAUAGAUACAACUUGUAUGAAAUGUAAGUAGAGUUAUAUGUUGUUCUACAUAGUGUAUGACUGAUUAAUUCAUACAUGCAUAUACCGGUAUGUAUGUAUAUGUGAUAAAAAUGUCAUAACUUAUUUUGCUGCUUUUUAUUCAACCAUGACUGUUAACAAACUUAGAUUUUCCUUGUAAGUGAUACCACAGGCACUCAAGGCCAGGAUACUGACGUUAUUUAAACGAAAUAUCAGCAGAAUUCAAGUUUAUGUGCCGGUUGACAAAUCCGAGGUCCACGGUCAUUAAAAAUACAUGUAUGUAUACAUGUUGUCAUGAGUGCUAAAACAAAAAUCAAUGUUUAAAAAAUAAUAUCCUGGCCUCGAGUGCCUGUGAGUGAUACAUGUUUUUUCCACUUUUCAACAUUAUAGUGAACAAUACUAUAUCAGAGAUGAAAAUCUUAAAGGGUACCAUCUCAUGUCUGUUCCAGGAAUUAAACCCUAUAUGUCUAGGUGAAGGCAAGUGCAUUACCACCAUGCCACCCGGCCAUAUUCUGAGCUUAUCUAUCUAGUAUUUCAAGCCUUUUACUUUAAUUAUCAUUUGGCACAGAUCCAAGUGAGAUUUCAUACUGGCUAUGAGAUGGCUGAUUAAAAGCAGGAUGAUGUAUUUCAAAAUUGGCAGUGCUGUGCUGAAACAUUGCUGGGAUCAUUGCUUUGUGAACAGCCAGGGUCAUUUUGUAGUAGCUGGUGGCAACCUCACUGAACAACAUACAGGAGGCCCAUCACAUCCAUUGCAUGUCUUUCAGAACAAUAAGGGUAAAGUUUUUUCCCUAAUGACACAACCAUGUCAGCAUAGACGAGUGUGUUUCUCAAAUUCUUGCAAAACCAAUCUGCCACAUUGGGUCAAAUACAAGUAGAUAGAUAAAUAUUCAAAAGUUUAAGUUGAGGGACAAAUAAUGUGUGUCAUGAUGUUAUGUAAAUUUCUCACUUGUUCUUGUUUGAACAAAUAUUGCUGCUUCACCAUAUAUAUAUAUUUACAAUACUUGACAUAAAUGAUGGAAAAUAUCAAGUCACAAUCAUAAUGUUCAACAUAGAUAUGAUAUGGAAAUCAGGGCUGAACAACAUCCAAGAACAGUAAUCUUUUCUGUUGUGGUCGAGAUGUCACCUAGAUGUUCCGUCCACUAUGUGGCCAUCAUCAGACAAUUAAGAAGAUAACAGUCCUUGGAUGUUAAGAAACCUACAUUUUACAUUCACCACAUAGGAAGGACCUCUGUUGAAUACUAUAAGGUAUCCACCCAAGUAGAUACCACUAUUUCAAACAUUUGGAUUGUUGGUACUUCAGUUUUUAAGUAAUCACAGUUUAAUAAAUUUUCUGUGAAUUUUGAAAUAUUUUUUUACUGUGAACCAGAUAUUUUAUUGUUGAAAUACAGAUAUUGUUGUAAUGAUUG